CGCCCGUAAUUACCUCACCUCGAAGAGGCGGGAGAUGUGGGCACUAUCGAUCAAAGCUCGUGCUGUAAGCAGAAAAUGAUAAGAGACCGAGUGUGAUAAUACUACUCCCCGCUCGUCUGCUCCGUCAUUAUGUAAAUACUCCCUCGAAGCGCGUGAUAUUGCAAUUCUCUCGAACAUCUCGUCGAGGAGACUCGGACGACUUGAGGUAACCCGGCGUCGAUUCUUCUCGUCUCCAACAUGCCGCAGCAAUCAAAUAUUUUGCACGGCGAGGGCGAAGUGAUUGCGGAACUCAAUUUCUCAGUAGGAGAAUUGUUGUUGAUGCAACUGGCGACGCAUGGCUCUCGCGUGGCGCAGAUAAACCCCCACACCGGCGAGGAGCAAACAUUCCAACAUAUCUUAGACAAAAGCCGGAAAUUGGCGGUUUGGCUGCAGAGAGAAGGACUGAGGCCAAACGACACCAUUGCCGUGUGCAGCGAGAACAACCUGGAGUUUUGUAUUCCGGUGUGCGCCGCAGCUUACUUGGGCGCUGCCGCCUGCCCGUUAAAUCCACUGUAUUCCAUAGGGGAGUUCAAGCACGCACUCGCCAUUUCCAGGCCAAAGUUUAUCUUUAUCUCGCCGGUAGCGCAUAACAGCAUGAGGAGGGUAUUCAGGGAGUUGUCCUGGUCGCCGAGAGUACUGAUGCUCACCGAACACGGCAGCGAUGUGUCGUGGCCGAGCAUGCACAAAGCGAUAUCAAGCGUCUCCGAUGACAACGCGAAUGCGCUGCAAGCGGUUCCCGUCGACGUGGACAAUCAUGUAAUGGCAAUUUUAUGCUCGAGCGGAACCACGGGACUGCCGAAAGGCGUUAUGUUGACGGACAAAAAUCUUACCACAGUCAUACGCAUAUACAUUAGCAACAACGCGAUUCCCCAGAACGGCAUCUCUCUGUCGCUACUUCCAUUCUUUCACUCGUAUUCCUUCGUCUUGCUGAUAAUCGGUUUGCUAAGCGGGUACUGCACCGUCGUGAUCUCGCGCUUCGACGAGGAGCUGUUCCUACAAUGCGUGGAGAAAUAUAAAAUUCAAUACUUACCCGUGGUGCCGUCGCUUAUGGUGUUCCUGGCGAAACACCCACUUGUGGAUAAAUACGAUUUAUCCUCUGUUCAGGGAGUGUGGAGUGGAGCAGCUCCGCUGUCGAAGGAAAUUCAGGAGGCUGUCGCUAAGCGAUUAAAUAUUACUGAAGUUAAACAAGGCUAUGGAUUAACAGAAACCACUUUGGCUGUGCUAAGAUCUCCAAAUGAUAAGAUAAAACUAGGCAGUGUUGGCAUAGUAGUUCCUGGCAUAUCAGCGAAGGUAAUACCAAUUGGAGAACACGAAACGGAUAAAGCUUUAGGGCCAAACUGCACAGGAGAAUUGUGCUUCAAAGGAGAUUUAAUAAUGAAAGGCUACUAUAACGAUGAAAAAUCUACCAGAGCGGCAAUUGAUAAGGACGGUUGGUUGCAUACGGGGGAUGUGGGAUACUAUGACGAAGAUGGAUACUUUUACAUUGUCGAUCGGAUAAAGGAACUCAUCAAAUACAAAGGCUACCAGGUUCCGCCAGCUGAGCUCGAAGCGAUUUUAUUAACUUGUCCUGGCAUACAAGAUGCGGCUGUAAUUGGCAUAUCGGAUGAUAAAACUGGGGAAUUACCAAUGGCUUUCGUUGUAAAACAAGAUAAUUUCAACAUUUGUGAAGGAGAUAUAAUCCAAUAUGUUAAUGAACGUGUAUCAAAUCCUAAGCGACUUAGGGGCGGUGUAAGAUUUAUAGAUAGCAUUCCAAAGACUCCGUCUGGUAAAAUACUACGUCGAAUAUUGCGAGAUAAAUUAAAAUCAAAAUUGUAAACUAUAAUUUUAAUCUAUCACUUUUUUUUAGAUUUGCAUUGAGAUUUUUGAGAAUUAUUGUGAUGUGUAAUUAUUCUUAUGGGAAUGUAUAAUGUACUCGUGGUUUCUAUAAUUAAGUAUAUGUAUAUAUCAAAUAGAGGUAAUAUAACAAAUCACUUAUUUAUUGGGUAUAAUAUUUAUCAGAUUGUUAUAUUUUCUACCGAGCAUUUUAUUGAGUCUGUCAAAAUCGAAGAAUAAGUAGUAUUUUAAUUGUAUAAUACAUACAUAAUUUUAUUACACAAUCAAACACAUGUCAUGUGCAACAAAUAAUACAAUAUCAAUAAUCAUAC